UGGCGCAUCAAGGCCCAAGACUACCAAGACAUGCUGCGAGAGGCAGAAGCCAGUCUCAAAGACUUUUCAGAAAGCUCCAAAGAACUCGAGCAGGAGAUGGAAAGGGAGCUGGCUCAAUCGGCAAAAGACCUCGACGAUGCGAGGGCCAAGAACGAGAAGCUCAGCCAGGACAAGGACGAGUGGAAGUCCAAGUAUACCAAAUCGCUCACCGAGCACAACAAGACGCUCAACGAGAUGUCCAGAGAGCUCGCACAGCUCAGAGAAUCCCACAACAUCUACAAGAAUAAGCUGCGAGACAUGGAGCUUGAUAACGACGAGCUCGAGAAUGCGGAAAGAAUGGUACGCUCCUCUCUCAACGACAUUGAACAGCGUUACAAUCAGCAGAUGGAAAAGGCAACGCUUCUAGAGCAGGAGGUCAUCGACAAGGCUCACCUCGAGGAGGAGAACCAGCGAUUGCGCGAUGAGAUUCGAGAUCUCAACGAAGAGCUCGCCGUCCUGCGAGAGCGAGAGGCCAUGCUGUCCGCAGCCCAGUCACGCAACGCGUCAGCUUCCACAGAACCGCCUCGCAGUACCAUGAAGCUCCACGAAGGAAGGGAAAAAGAGCUCACUCUCAGCGAUCUCACCCCA